AUGGACCCAAACUUCAAAGACUCGGCCAGAGACAGUGUCAUAAAAACGCCUGCUCUGCUAUACACUGUCUGGCUGAGCGGAAAUGAUCAGCUUUAUUGGAUCCCUGUCCGAUCGGAAAAGGAGAAGGACUCACGUUCUCUGUUUCCGAUCUCAGAGGGAGCUUGUUGCGGGGUUGGACCCGAGGGGAAGGACCAUCGGACUGCGGCCAUCGCUUUUGCGCCAUCGCUUUCUGGCGUUUACAGCGUCAGUAGCGCAGCGUUCCAGGACCUGAAUCCUUUGUUUUCCUCAGCAGAUGGCCAGAGACCGGACAUACACACUUUGGACCUCAGCAACCCGUUUGACCAAGGCCGCCUGAUCAGCGGGAGCUGCUGCCAUCUAGGGCCGGGAGCCCCUUCCUCACCCCAGGAUAAACAGUACCGGAUGUACCCAUGGAUGCGGGCAUCAGAUCCAAACCGUAGACGGGGCCGACAGACCUACUCCCAGCACCAGACCUUGGAGCUGGAGAAGGAGUUCCACUUUAACCGGUACCUGACCCGCAGGCGGCGGAUAGAGAUCGCCCACGCCCUCUGCCUCUCGGAGAGACAGAUCAAAAUCUGGUUCCAGAACCGCAGAAUGAAGUGGAAGAAGGACAACAGGGAUGAGUCCAACAGUAUGGAGACAAAGCACGGAGACACUAUGGCCACAUCCGGAGAUGGAGAUCCUGACAGGACAGACCCAGGGGAUCCCAAUCAUUAA